AUGGAGAUCGAUGAUAAUCUUUACUCUAGACAAAUUGGUACAUUUGGCUUCGAAACUAUGGGGAAAUUGUCCAAACUAAAGGUUCUGAUCUAUGGUCUCCGGGGUUCAGCCACGGAAAUAGCCAAAAAUUUGAUACUUAUGGGUAUUUCUGGAGUUGUUCUGGUGGAUGGAGAUCCAAUAGUGACUAGUGACUUAUCUACCAAUUUUUUUAUCACCCCCGAAUCUGUAGGUCUACCAAGGGCCUCAGCUUCUGCAGCAAAACUUGCCGAAUUAAACCCAUAUGUAAAAGUAGAGGCCUCAGUGAUUCUAACCAAGGAUUUACUUAUUGGCUGUAAUGUAGUAGUUUGCUGUUCAAUGCCUUUGUCUUGUGUUAAGCAGUUGAACAAGGAAUGCCGAGAAAACGGCAUUGGCUUCAUCUGCUUGGAUACAUUUGGUAGCAUUGUAUCUAUAUUCGUUGAUUAUGGACCAAACUUCAUAUGCAGGGACGCGAAUGGACAGGAUAACAAAUCAGCAAUUAUUUCGUACAUAUCGAAUGAAGAAGAUUUCACAGUACAGCUGUUACCAGAAUUUGUCAAUCCAUUUGAGAUAGGGGAUUACGUUGUGUUUAAGCAGGUUAAAGGUAUGGAAGGGAUAAACAUGCUCCCCCCCUUCCGAAUCAAAAAGGUCUCCAAGCACUCAAUAACCCUCGAUGGCAAUACAACACAGCUAAGCCAAUAUAAGGAUGGCGGGAUAGUUAAUCAGGUUAAAAUACCAAAAUGCAUAGUUUUCAAGAGCUACGAGGAGACAAUACUUAAUCCUAGUGAAACUGGGCUUAUGUGCAUUGACAUGAACAAUUUCGGAGUACCCGAGCAACUGCACUGGAUAAUUCAGGCGGCUAAAGGACUUGAUAUUUUGGAUGAAGAUAAACUGCUCGAGGCAGCUCAAAAACUAAACAAUCUAGCGAAAGAGCAAAAUUGUACUUUGGCUGUGGAACAGAUUGACAGAAAAUUGGUCAAAAGGGUUGUAAAGUCUUGGAAUUACUUUCUAGCUCCAGUUUGUUCGUUUGUUGGGGGCGUUGUUGCACAUGAGGUGAUAAAGUUUACCGGGAAAUAUCACCCUAUAACGCAGUGGUUGUAUGUGGAUUUUUCUCCGGAACCACUCGAAAAUUCGGAGAUUGAGAUAUUACAAAUUCCAAAUAGUGAGAGAUAUGCUGGGCAGAUUGCUAUUUGGGGUUCAGAAGUAAACGAGAUGAUCAAGGAUGCCAAAGUUUUUAUUGUGGGUUCUGGCGCCCUCGGUUGUGAAUUCCUAAAACUUUUCUCCCUCAUGGGAGUAUCUACUGGCAAAAAUGGGAUGACCUACAUCACAGACAACGACAGAAUUGAGACGUCCAACUUGAGUCGCCAAUUCUUUUUCCGCCAUCACCACGUUGGUCAGUCUAAAUCUCUAAUCGCGGCUUCCGGGGCCAAAGAAUUCAAUUGUGACAUGAAUAUAACGCCUUACGAGAUAAGAGUAUCUGAGGAAAGUGAAGAUCAUUUCAACGAUAAAUUUUGGAGUGGGCUGGAUAUAAUCUUUAACGCCCUAGAUAAUAUAAAGGCCAGGCAGUAUGUGGAUAAUCGCUGCGUUUGGUUUGGCAAACCACUACUUGAAUCUGGUACCCUAGGUACAAUGGGCAAUAUACAAGUAAUUGUCCCUCACAAAACCCAAUCGUACAGUGAAUCACAGGACCCUCCCGAAACUUCAAUUCCACUAUGUACGCUUAAACAUUUCCCCUACCAAACCGAACAUGUUGUUGAGUGGGCCAGGGAUCUUUUCCACACACAAUUUACCCAAGCGGCUAAGGAGCUUGCCAAUGUUUCAAGCGAUGAUACCAGCCACUUUGACACUAAAAAUAUCGGUCCUCUUAGAAGAUUAUACGAACUAGCAAAAAUCAAGGCAACUACUUCUAACACCACAACCCAAUCCUUAUUGGAUUGUGUGGGCAUUGCGGUAAAUUUGUUCAAUGAGUUAUAUUAUCAUGAUAUCGCCCAACUGAUUUAUUCGUUCCCAAGCGACCACAAAACUUCCGAAGGGGCUGACUUUUGGUCACCCCCGAAACGAAUGCCCACGCCUAUACAAUUCAGUUGUAGCGAUAGCGCGUGUGUACAAUUUGUGCUUCACGCUACUUUCCUUUUGGCCAACGUACUGAAACUAGAUACCGCGGGUUUGGAUGAGAGAUUUGUACUUGAGGCCACGAGCAACAUAGCCCCCCCGGAAUUCAAGCCAAAACGCCUAAAACUGGAGAAUGCGACCAAUGAUAGCGCCUUAAGGAUCGAGGUGCAAGUUUCGAACGAUGAUUUAAUAGAAAGGGAUAAUUUGGUGCAAAAGAUUUUACAGCUUAACCCGUCGCAACUAGAUUUGGAGUCCCUGGAAUUUGAAAAGGAUGAUGAUUCGAAUCACCAUAUCGAUUUUAUACAUGCCGCAACCCUUUUAAGAUGCAAAAACUAUGCUAUAGAGGGGUGUGACAGACUUAAGGCUAAAAUGAUUUCAGGCAAAAUAAUUCCGGCCAUAGCCACCACAACUAGCAUGAUAGCGGGUUUGGUUAUGUUAGAGUUUAUCAAAUUGCUACAACAUCAGAAGCGUCCCGUUGAACACUUUAGAAACGCCUUUGCCAAUUUAGCCAUCCCAGCCUGGAUAUUAUCUGAGCCAAUGCCACCUGAAAAGGUGAAAGACAAGGAUUACGACCCAAUUACUGGCGGACCAAUUAGGGCCUACCCGCUAAACUUCACUUGUUGGGACAAAAUAACGGUUGACAUGAGCAAUAAGACAUUGGGUGCCCUGAUUGACCACUUUCACGAUUCUCUCAAGUUGCACAUCCAAGUCCUCUCAUCUGGCACAACCUGCCUAUUCAACUCCUUCAUUCCCUCACACAAAAGCAGGAAAUCACUAGAGUUGGUGAAACUCGUUUGUGACAUCACAAAGAAACCGGUUACCACGAGUUACUUGGUGCUAGAGGCCAGUUGCACUGAUUUUGAUCAGGUGGAUGUCGUUAUACCAUCCAUUAUGUAUGUCAUUUAG